AUGGGCUCGCAUAUUCGAGCUCAUAACCAGCAAACCAUUAGAGCAGUUGACAUGCCUCUGUGUCCCAUCAUUAUAUCAGAUACAAUAUAUCUUGCCUCUGCCCUCAAAAACCAAGAAGAAUCAUCUGACUUUACAAUUGGAUCCCCUUUAGAAAACUGUCAUGUUAUCGCGGGUGACUGUACAAAGGGUAGCCCAAGUACAUCAGUGCCGUUGGUGUAUCUUCGUCAUGCCAUGGGAUGCUUUCCUCGUCUCAAAGUGGUUAUCAACUAA